UACGACUCGUGUGUUUGAGACGAAGUCAAGCAAAAAGAGAAGAGUCAUUCGCAAUGUCUACGGCGAUGCCGAUUUCUGGCCUGGGAGUAGUAGGCGCUUUGCUGCUCCUGGGGUGCCUGUGGCUCUAUCGAGCAGCACUUCCCAAGCCGAUACCUGGGCUACCGUACAAAAAAGGCAGCGAGAAGCGUUUGCUCGGGGACGCGCCUGAUAUUAUAGAAUGGCAGAAGGAGACGAAAGAGGUCUUCAGCUACAUGAGGAAGCUCGCCCUGGAUCUCAAAGCGCCCGUAUUUCAGAUGUUCAUGCGGCCAUUUGGCAAGCCAUGGGUGAUCCUGACGGAUUUCCGCGAAGCCUUCGACAUUUGCGCGACGCGCAAAGACGAAUUCGACCGGUCGGCAUUUACCGGCGAGGUCUUUGGACCCAUCGUGCCGGAGAGCCACAUCUCAUUUCUGACAGACGACCGCUGGCGAUCGCACAGGAACCUGAUGCGUGACGUAAUGUCGAAUAGCUUUGUGUCCGAGGUCAUUACGCCCAGAAUCUACAAAUAUGUUGCCGAGCUCGUCUCUCUGUGGCGGGACAAGGCACGUUUGGCACAGGGGCGGCCCUUUGACGCGGAGUCAGACGUGGCGAGAUGUCUGAUCGACUUCAUCACCUCGGCAAACUUUGGCUACGAUGUCAAGGCGCUCGAAACGCACCAUGCCACCCUUCAUGGAGACGUGCCAGUUGGCACUUCCGGUGUGAACCGGGACGUGCCCAUGUCAUUCAAGAACGGCAUGGAAAGCGAGGCCUGCGCAGCCCUGAUCAAAAUGACAGACGGCGUCGCAAUGGCGGUGCGGUCCCCCUUCCCAAAGAUCCUCGUUCCUCUGGCAUAUCGAUUCUUGCCAUCCUACUCGGAAGCUAAGCGGUAUACAUACGACAUGAUCUCGAAUCAGGUCAACGCAGCGUGGACCCGGUUUUCCAGCAAGAAUGUCGGUGAGAAACGUGCCGAUGAGCAAGAGGUCAGAUCCGCCCUGGAACUCCUCGUCCAGCGGGAAUCACAAAUGGCCAGGAAAGAAAACCGGGAGAGGAAGUUUGACCUGCCCAUCGUGCGGGACGAGCUUCUGGCGUUUCUGUUUGCCGGUCAGGUGACAACGGGUGCAGCACUGGGCUGGGCGCUCAAAUACCUUACCAUGCACCAGGAGGUACAGAAGCAACUGAGGGCCGAGUUGCGGGCCUCCCACAAACGUGCCACCGAGGCUGGAGAGAUGCCCACCUCGCAGGAGAUUGCCCAGGCCAACUUGCCGUACCUGGACGCAUUCCUCGCCGAGAGCCACCGCUUUGCAGUCACCAUCAGCUGCAUGAUCCGGCACACCACCAAAGAGACCACGGUCCUCGGCAACCGUAUCCCCAAGGGCGUUGACGUCUUCAUGCUCACAAACGGCCCUAGCUAUAAAAUGCCCGCGUUACCUGUGGACGAGGCGACGCGGAGUAGAACCAGCCAGGACGCCAAGGAUAAGUAUGGCAUGUGGGAUGAAUCUAACAUGGGUGAAUUCCGCCCCGAGAGGUGGCUUGAGAGGACUGAGAACGGCGAGGUGCGAUACAAUGCCCUGGCUGGACCAUCGAUACCAUUUGGCGUGGGUCCACGUGGCUGUUUUGGUCUCAAAUGGGCCACCUUAGUUCUCAAGACGUUGGUCACUCUUGUUGUGUGGAAUUUCGACCUGCAAGAAAUCCCUGAGGAGCUGUCAGGGACAGCCGCAAAGGACUCAGCAUCACACAGUGCACAGCAAGUAUUUGUGAGGUUGGCUGUACUUUCUGAGUAACUCCACAGAGAAUCAGGGUACAUGUAGUGAGGAGAACCCAGCGCUGGAUUGGUUGAGAUGCGUUCUCAUCAUGAUUGCGG